AUUGGCUUUGCAAAAUUGGCUUUGCGUCUGGCCAUGUCGGGCCUUUUGUCGUGCUGCUGUCCGUUCCUGUAUAGACGGCCAUCGGCCCAGAGAAGUUCCUUUCAAAAUCUCAACGGCAGAAAGGAUUUCAAGCGCCAGAGCUUUCUUCAGCUCGGCCACACCAAGAGCUCUGAGGCGGUCGCUUUGCCGGCCGCGCCGUCGGUGCUGGAGACGGUGCUGCGGAAGUUCAAGAAGAAGGACCGUGAUGAGCCUCUGGAGGCCAUGAGCGCCUGGAUGGAGCGCACCGCGGACCCGCAGGUCGUGUCUCGGGAAGCAGUGGUGCUGGUGCUGGUGGGGCUCCCGGCGCGUGGCAAGUCCUUCAUUAGUGGCGCCGUGCUGAGGCAUCUGAAGCUUCUGGGAGUGCGGGUGCGGAGCUUCAACGCCGGGGAUCUGCGCCGGGAUUCCGGCAAGGCCGGCAUCGAGGCGAACUUUUUCUCCGCCGCCAACGAAGCGGCCAAGCAGGAGCGCGAGCGACUGGCCAUGCUCUGCUGCGAACGGCUCUUGGCGUGGAUCCGAUCUGCUCCACCAGGCACCAGUUCCAUCGGCAUCCUGGACGCCACCAACACCACCAUUGCGCGACGGCAGAAGGUCUUGGAGACCUGUUUUGCUUGCGCCUUACAGGCGGAGGCGGAUGACAAGGCGGCACCACUGCGGGUGAUUUUUCUGGAGUCGAUUUGCGGUGAUCCAGUGAUCUUGCAGGACAAUUACCAGAUGAAGCUCAGCAACGACGAUUACAAAGGAGUUUCCAGUCCAAAUGCGGCUCUGACAGACUUCAAAAAGCGCGUGGAGGCGUACGAAGAUCAGUACGAGCCCUUGCAGGAGAACGAGCUGGACUACCUGCAGAACAAGUUGGAGGCAGCCAUGCCCGUCGGCUCUGUGCAGAUCUACGAUGGCGGGCAGAAGAUUACCUGCUGCCGAACAGGCAGCUCGCUGGUCGCGUCUCCCAUGAUCUCGCUGCUGCAUGCGAUGCACCUCACAAGGCGACAGAUCCUGCUGGCCCCAGAGUUCGACAGUCAACAGAAGGGCAUUGCCGCUUGGGACUACCGGCAGAUUCUGAUUCGGGAGGAACGCAAAGAGAAUCGCACUAUCGACGUGAUCUGCGGCACCUCGAAGCACGCGGUGAAGAUCGCCCAGGACCUCUCCAAGGUCGGCAAUCGAUUCGACAAGGCGCAGCGGCCCCGCUGUGUUCUGAACCUGCGAGCGCUGCAGGGUCGCUCAGAGGGGACCUGUGAUGGCUCGGCGGUGGCAGAGAGCUAUGGAGACCUGGUGCGGCGCAUGCGCGUGGAGGUCAUUCUGCUUCUGGAGCGCCUGCCGCGCUCCGUGCUAGUCAUUUGCCCGGGCGAUGACGUGCGGCGAGUUCUUUAUGCUCACUUUUGUGGCUGCUCAGAGAAAUCCAUCGCGGAUUUGUACAUGCCGGAGAGUACGGUGCUGGAGCUUGCGCGAGACCAUAAGGGCUACAGUUGCACCGAGAUUGAGCUGAACACAGAUUCGAACGUCAGUAUUGACUGAGCUUUUACUGCUCGGCUCGUGGCAGACUGGUCGCGUUUUCAAGGAGGCUCUACGCGUGAGCAAAGAGCUAUCACCUUCUCCCUUUGAGGUAGUUUUGUUUAGUCGGCAGGGGUAAUUUUGGCCUCCA